GUUAUGUUCAUACCUUUAAUAGACACUCUAGUUUCAUUAUCUCACAAGUGUAACACAAUGUAUAUUCUGUAAUUGGAAAGCUAAGCUGCAGUCUACAAUCAAUGAUCAACAAAGAUAGCUAAAGAAUAUGUUUAUUUAUAGAGAUGUAGAUGCCAAUCCUGAUAAACAUCGCCCAAAAGGAGGAAUUAGAAAAUCCCCUUUCCUUGGGUGUCAACUCAGCAGUUUUGAAUACAUUAAAAAAAGAAGGCUCUCAGGCCACUUUAAAAUCCCUCUUUUGUCUUUUUUUUAACCAUGUCAGAAAGCUCUCUUGGAGUUCAAAAUUAGUCACGCCAUGGCAUUUCAAUGAUUUCUGGCAUUGUCAGUGUAAAGAUUUCCCCAAUGGGUUAUAUUGUUUAUGCAUAUUGCUCUCUAGCUAACUAUAAAAUGACGAUACUGUCAACCGUAUCUCUGUUCUCAUACACUGUUUCUCUAAGCCUUACUCUUUUAGAUCAAUGAUUGACUAUCCCUUUUCGAAUCCAUUGAUCAA